AUGCAGAUUUUUGUGAAGACCCUUACAAGGAAGAUCAUCAUGCUCGAGGCUGAACCCUCAGACACCAUAGAAAAUGUAAAGGCCAAGAUCCAGGAUACGGAAGGAAUUCCUCCUGAUCAGCGGAGGCUGAUCUUUGCUGGUAAGCAGCUGGAAGAUGGCCGUACUUUGUCUGACUACAACAUUCAAAAGUCUACCCUUCAUUGUGUGUUGAGACUUUGUGGUGGUGCUAACAAAAGGAAGAGGAAGUCUUACAUCACUCCCAAGAAGAAUCAGCAUAAGAGGAAGAAGGUUAAGUUGGCCGUGCUGAAAUACUAUAAGGGGGAUGAAAAUGGCAGAAUCAGCCGACUUCAUCAAGUGUGUUCUGAUGAAUGUGGUGCUGGAGUUUUCAUGGGUAGCCGCUUUGACAGGCAUUACUGUUCUGAUGAAUGUGGUGCUGGAGUUUUCAUGGGUAGCCGCUUUGACAGGCAUUACUGUGGCAAGUGUUGUCUGACUUACUGCUUCAAGAAACCAGAGGACAAGUAGUUCAGCUGGAAG